AUGGGCAAAGCCGAGAUCGCCACCAAGAAAUCGAACAACUCGGCCUCCUUAUGGGAUUUUAUCCGUGUAGAAUUUAAACGUGGCUAUUCUUUAGAAAAUGACGAAAAAGAAUUUUCAGACAGAAGAGAAAAAGUGUAUACUUUUAUGAAAAUACCCUUAGAAGUAGAACGAUUCAUGUUUUAUGGCUUUUGUCAGUGUGCAGAUUCAUUCCUAUUUGUUUAUACAUUCCUGCCAUUACGAGCAUUAGUAGCAUUAAAAUCAUUAAUUUGUAGCUCCUUAUCAAAAUUUAAAAAGAAACAUAAAAACAAACGGUUAUCUGCAGCGGAAACAUGCGACUUAUUAAAGAUGGCUGUACUAAUAUCAUGUUCGAUGAUGUUAUUGCCAUGUGAUACAUCAAUGAUGUAUCAUGUCGGAGACAGGUUAUUUUCGUCAUUUGGCCAAGACAUUUUAGAUGCAUUGUUUUGGACUGCUACUGAACCUAAAACUAGUCGGCGUGAACACUUUGGCGUUUUACCACAUUUUAUCAUUGCUGUUUUCUAUGUUUUUUUACACAGCAUAUUAGUAUUAUGCCAAGCUACCACAUUGAAUGUUGCCAUUAAUUCUAGUCACAAGGCAUUACUAGCAAUCAUGAUGUCCAAUAAUUUUGUGGAGUUAAAAGGAAGCGUUUUCAAAAAGUUUGACAAAACAAACUUGUUCCAAUUAUCAUGCAGUGAUGUUCGUGAACGAUUUCAUCUAUUCAUCUUAUUACUAAUAGUUGUAGUGCAAACAAUGAAAGAAUAUCAAUGGACUAGUGAAUCAUUUUGGGAGUUAAUGCUUGACUGCAUUUAUGUCAUGAUAUCAGAAAUGUUAAUUGAUUGGACAAAACAUGCAUUCAUUACUAGGUUUAAUGAAAUAAACUUGCAUUCACUGAUCACUCAGAUUUGGUUGCAAGACGAAUGGGCUUUAUCCCGAUUCCACUAG